GUGCAAAGACUCAAUCCCAACGUUUACCGCCUCAAGAUGGACGACAUCUAUCCGGGGCUGCCGAUAUUCAACAUAGAGCACCUCAAGGCUUACCAUCAAGGGAAAACGGACGGGACCCAGCUAAAGCUCAAGGUUAGAUGGGUCGGAUACGGAUGGGAGCACGACACCUGGCAAUCGGAGCGCGACCUACGGAAUUCGCCCGAGCGCGUCGCGGAAUACAAGCUCAAGCAUGGUCUGUGA